AUUCGUAGUUCUUUCGAACGAUCCAAACAUAAUUUUCCCUCGAUAUCAAAUCAUUCUCUAUCAGGGGGUUUGGGAACUUUGGCAAAGGUAUGCACUAUGAGAGAGAAAUUGGUAGGUAGAAAAGGAGUCCGAUUCUUCAAGAGCAAGAGAAAGGAUAAAGAGAUAGAGAAAGAGAGAAAGAAAAAAGGAAGGAAGGAAGGAGCAAAUGUUACAUCAACGUUAUUAUUGCUCAUCUUUGUAUGCAGUACAUCAUGCUUGAAAAAUGAUCGAAGUGAAGCAUCCUUCGAUAACGGUGCAAAUAUUAUUCGGCGCAAUCGAAGGGACGGAUUAAACGAAUAUUUAGUCCCACCCCCAAGACCAAAAGCUUAUCCGGUGAGGUCUGGGAAAGUAGUAAAUCCUUCGGUAACGGAAGCUCCAGGAUAUUUUUCGCAAUUGAUGAGUUGGUUAAAUCCUUUUAAUUAUGGUUCUUCGACUUCGACGCCUCUAAAGACUCCAGCAGACUUCGAAUCAUCAUCUCAACAUUACGGUCCUCCACCAUUUAAUUUGCAUCUUGCGUUGCAACCUGAACCAUUUCUUCAUCCUCCGCUUGAACCUCAAGCUGGUCCACCUAUAUAUCCUCCUAUCGGCACACCUCCAUCUCAACAUUCUAGCUUAUCUCUUGCACCUUCCUUCAAUGUACGUUCCGCUCCGCCUUUUCGCCUUCCUGCUGGUCCAUCUUUACAAGUUUACAAUCCCUCAAUUACCUUCCACGAUACGCAACGUGAUUUCCCGAGUCCGAAAAAUAGCCGUGGCCUUUACAUACCGCCGAAUAAAGGGAAACACUGUAAUCUUUGUAACAAAAUCCCAUGGAUUCCAAUGCAAGAUGACGGACAUCAUUCAGAGAAAUAUCCGUCUCGUCAGCAACUUUCAAAUGGUUAUCUUCCUCCUAGCAAUCAAGGGAAUCACGACAUCCAAUACGCGGCCUCGCAUGAAAUCAGAAUAUCAGAACUUUCCCGAAUACCCGUUGAGCAAAAUCCUUUUAACAACGCAUUACCACAUGCAGUGUUGCAUUCCGAUUCGAUACCUCCUCUCUACAAGACAGAACCUUUUAAAAACCCUUUUGCAAUUGAAAAUCUUGAGCACCUGAAACCACCUCCUUUGCCUGUAACAUCGUUAGCUAAUCAAGAACACAAAAGUCCUGAAAUUAACGGUGAGCAUUAUAAUGCCAAUGGCAAUGACGAUCUAAGAUCCAUUGGAACAGAAGUUAAUCAAAGACAUGUAAGCGCCAUAUCCCAAGAGCAUGAUAUGAAAAUCAACGAAGAACCUCCAGAUCACGAAGAAUCAUUUGGUAGUUCGAUUGCCGAUAUUAGGUUUCCUGUCCUGUCCGAGACAUCUUUUAAUAAUUUGCCAAUUUUGAAACAAGGAAAUGAUGGAGUUUCAAACAAGCCUGUAUACCAUAAUCAGGAUAUCCUUAAUUUUGAUUCGUCAAAUCACGAGUACCAUGAACCUUUAAAUUCAAACUCAAGUCCCAACACUGAUUUGGAUCAUCCACCGCCAGAUUUGAAUCCUUCGGCUAGCUUUGGAACGUCCACGUUCCAUAAUCAAGAAAGUGAUAGUCUGAAUUAUCAGUAUUUUGAUGAUUUGCCUCUUAGCGGUAAAGAUUCUCAAGUGACCACGCAACCGUCCCUCGUGAGCUCUUUUACUCCGGAAAGAGAACCAAUACACUUUGAAGAAUCGCCGCUGUUAGAUCUGACAAAGAAAGGUGAUAAUCAAACUGAGACGCAAUGGCCAACUUCCACUAACGGGUAUAUCGACAUCGAUGAUAUAUCUGAUAAUACAGCGAAAACAACUACGGAUUAUAAUUUGGAGACCGACAAUAUAUUUUUUGAAGAUUCGUCCAGGUCGACCGAAUCUUAUUCUUCUUCAGAUAUUCAAAAUAUUAACAAUGUUUUCGGGCCUUCGACAUCUAUAACUGUGGAUUUCUCGAAUGUUAAUCAACACGUUGAAUCAUCAACGAGUAAUAGAGGAUAUGCAAAUCAACAAGAUGUCUCGUAUAUUCCACCAUCCGGACAACCAGGAUAUUUGUGGCCAAGUUUAUUAAUAAACACAUCAAAUUUGAGAAAUGAUUCUUCAAAAAAUCAUGUUGCGCAAUGGAAUAAUUCUUUCCCGGGAGAUAUAAAUUCUGAAAAGCAAAAUGAUGUAAAUUCAAAGGAUGCAAGAGACACGCUUCAAAGGCAACAAAAUAUAAAACGAAAUAAACAAGUUAUUAUACCAUACACGUCAGAAUAUACACCAAUUCCAUUUCAACAAUCCUACGGAGACUGGAGUAUUAAAACUAAUUCUGAACAUACGCAUUCUAGAAAAAUUCCCUCUAGGAGUGAAUUGAACGUUGAUAAUUAUCUUCAACAAGAAUCUAGGAAUAAUAUUCAAGUAGUUAAUCAAUCGCAAUUUAACUUGAAUAAUUCAAAGAAACUAAAUGUGCAAUCAAUCAAACCAUUUUUAACUACAGCAGAAGAUUUAAAAAGCACUACAACAAAAGCAAAUACUUCGAUUGAUGUUCGAAGGUUACAAAAAAAUAUCGAUAACUGGACAAUACAAGAAUAUUCAAAAUCUACAACAUCUAGCACAAUUUUACCUAGUUCUUUGCACCCUUACCUUUCUCCAUCAAAGAAAAUACCAACGGAAUAUUUAACAACGACAGAACCAGGUGAUCAUAUAAACGAAUUGAAACGCCAUAAUGAAAGUGUGAAAACGUACUCUUUGGCUGGGUUUAGCUUUAACGAAAUAGAACACGAAGGCUUCGCGAGCAACCACAUUGAAGCAACUCAACCGGCCAUAAAUGUUGUACGAAUAAAUAAUCCGAAAAUAACAGCCAAUGAUUUGCACGACGUAAAUGAAUCUAUGUUAGAAGAAAACUCCACGUGGGAGGCACACUCUGUGUCGAUAUUACCUGUAAAUAAAGAACGAGUUUACGUGGUAACUCCACAACCGAUACUAAAAGUAUCCUCGAAAAACGACUAUGAAAAUCGCAAGGGACAAGGGAAAAGAGAUCAUUCACAGCGAAUAAGUAUCACUAAUAACGUGAGCAACGAUAAGAAUAAUUUCAGCGAAUUUGAAGCGAUCGAGAAAGCCUACCAAGUGCUUCCACAAGCAGUAAAUAAUCUUGCUGUUGCAUCCACGGGAAAGGAAAAUAUUCCUUUGUGGGGAAUUAUGGAACACGAAGAGUUUGCUACGUUGAAUUUGAACGAAAACAACGAAGAAGCGGCGGAAGACACUGUGGAUGGACCGGUACUUUACUCUGGACACUCAAAGGUAUCACGAGCUAAACGAUGACAUGCAAAUAUUCCUUGAAUCUGGAGGCUGAAUAAUACAAUUUUUAGUUGUGAAUAGUUAACUAUUCUAUUGUUUUAAUUUUAAAGACUUUCAUCAAUGUUUCAAGUGCGUAAUUUGAACUUCAACAUGGCCAGUGUAUUUAUAUUUAUCAAUUUUGUGUACUUGCAUGUAUUUUUAUUAAGUGAACAAUUUAUUUAUUUGUAAGUAUAAGUAGAUAUUUUUGUAAAAAAAAAAAAAAUAACGUGUUUGUGUAACGAGAUUGUGUAACCUAUUAAGACUUAAUUUCAAAUUAUUUUUCCUACGAAGAACUACUAUAAAAAUAUUAUUUAUAUGAACACCGAUUAAUUGUGUAUUACUUUGUAAAUAC